GCAAUUCUUUAGGCUACAUUUAAAAGCAAAACCGUUAAAUUCCGAGAGAAAAACGAUACAAAAUUGAUGUAUCUCCUUCAAGAACAAUUGGUCUUUCCUCAAUAAAUUUCAUGAAAAUCUUCUGCGGAUUAAGAUUACGAACCGAUCUCAUCUUGAAAAGCCCAACGAAGUAGGAGAUAGAAAUGUAAGAUUUAUUAUAGAAGAUGUUUCAAUUUCUUUCAGCUUUUCCAGUGCGGAAAACUGAUGGGUAUUUGAGAUCAUUAUUGGAGACACGUCGGUGGAGCACUGGGAUUGCAAUGGCCAUCUUCUGCUGCCUAAAUGGGCAGAACUCAUCCGACGUGAAGGUCCGCAAGCCACUACUGAUAAAAAACCCAUCGACUAAUGAAAAUUUGCAUGAGUUCAGCUUGGAUGCUCUUUCAGCGGCUACAGAAGACUUCUCCGAUGAUAGAUUUAUUGGGGAAGGUGGAUUUGGGAUUGUUUACAAGGGAUGGAUCAAGAUCAGCUCUAUUUCGCUAGAAAAACCGGGAAGUCAAUCACAGCAAGGGAAAGCAAAACCAGUUAACAAGGCUGUUGCUGUCAAAAAGCUUGCUUUGGGCGGUUACCAGGGACACAAUGAGUGGAGGAAGGAGAUAAACUAUCUGAGCAGGCUUCACCAUCCGAAUAUUGUGACCCUUGUAGGAUAUAGCAUAAAGGAUGAACAGCGCCUCCUAGUUUAUGAAUUCAUGGAGAACGGGAGCUUGGAUAAUCAUCUGUUUGCAAGUGAUGCUGCAUCUCGGCUUCCUUGGGCAAAAAGGAUCACCAUUGCUCUAGGGGCUGCUCGUGGGCUCGCAUUCUUGCAUGAUGCCUCCAUUAUUUUCCGCGACAUGAAGGCUUCGAACAUUCUACUUGAUAAGGACUUCAAUGCAAAGCUCUCAGAUUUUGGUUUAGCAAGAGAUGGGCCAAUCGGUGAUAGGACUCAUGUGAGCACCAAAAUCAUCGGGACACACGGCUAUGCUGCUCCUGAAUAUGUGGAAUCAGGCCACUUGACGAGGAAGGCUGAUGUCUAUAGCUUUGGAAUCGUGAUGCUGGAACUAUUGUCUGGUCGUCCUGCUCUAAUGAAGAGGGGAGGCAUCGUGAAAGAAAAGAUAGGGAACUGGGCCAAGGUUCAUUACCACACAGUCGAUGAUUUCAUCGAUUUGAUGGAUGGAAAACUGAUGGAUCAGUAUGGAAAAAGAGAAGCGAAAAUUUUCACCAUGUGGGCAAUUCAGUGUAUCAAUCCUGACAAAAACCAAAGGCCCGAGAUGAGCUUGAUGGUGAAUGUCUUGGAACAACUACAGCAGCAACUUGAAUCGCGUAAGGGAUGAGGUUUCAAUCUUUUUGCAGUUCACCCAGCAGAUGAAUGUGACCAAGAAAAAAUUGAUGACUCAUUCUCACUGGGACGGCAUGAAAAGCCAAUGACAAUUUUUGCUUCACAAAUAAAGAUUCAAUUGGCUCAAGCUUUUGAAGCUAAACACAAUGCGAUUGUUCCUUCUUGUCCCUUGUACAGUAGGAAAAUAUCAAGUUGAAACAGAAAGGCAACCAUAUUAUUGAAAACAGCAAUAG